AUGUGUGUCUCCGUCAAGGGGGUCUCCCCGGGGGGGGGGUGUGGUUGGUCGAUGAGGGACCAAAAACGAGGGGGGGGGGGGGGAGUGAUUAAAACAGGGGGUUGGGGGGUUUGGAUUAAAGCGCGCCGAUGCGGGGGGGGGGGGGUGGGCCGGAGGGCACGAGGAGGGGGAAGGGGAGGGGGGGGGGGGGGGGGGUGGAAGGGGGGGGGGGGGGGGGGGGGGGAUUGUGGGGUUGAGGUGUAG